UACGCCUGAUUGACUAUUCGACAGACUUUUUUCAAGCUCACUACACCGACUGACACAGGCCCAAACUUUCCACUCGCAAGCUUCACUUCACUCCGGAAUGCUGCCAGACUGCUGCCUACUGACAGACUAUAUGCAGGGAUGGUCAUGUUCAAGGGCGCCGCCGGGUCAGUUCUGUUCUUCGAGAACCAGGCGUUGGUCGCAGGUCAGAUCUCACUCUACGCCGAUCGGUACGCUUCUUCUCCCUUGCUCUUGCUGUCUCUCACCUGAAUGCCCACAAAUGGAGGCAAAUCCAGCCCGGCUUUACUGCAUCGAGCCAGUAUAACCCCCCCCUCACCCCUCGAAGGUUCAGAACACAAUGCCCACGCUCUUCCACUAGACUUCUAGUCAUUCUUACCUCCUCAUG